ACCAUCACAGCUCGGCAGUUGUCCUGACAGGAGCACGCAAUCUUCUGCUCUCCCGCUUUUUCGCAGAUUAAUUCCAGUCACUCGUUUGUACGGCGAGCAGCCCGUGCGGGGUCCGCAGAGACGCCCAGAGUUCGUUCGCUCACCCUUGCUCUCCCCUGCCCUGGGGAGUUUUCCACCGGAUUAGUGGACAUUUUUUUGUUUUUGCCCUCAGCAGCGGGAGAAGGAAGGGCGAAGCGUGAGGAUGGCCCAGCAAGCGGCCGUGGGCCACCAGGACACGCUGGCAGUGCCGCCCAUGCCCAAGCACGUCGGGCUGAACGAGGACCUGGUGAAGAUCCUGAGGGAGAACCUCCUGCAGCAGGAGCGACCCCGGGGGCACCGCCGCCCACCCUCCUCCAUUUCGCCCCGGCUGUCGCCACGGAACUCCCCGCGCCUCCUCCGACGGAUGCUUAUCAACAACAACAGCCACAAACAGAGGCGGUUCACCGUGGCACACACUUGCUUUGAUGUGGACAAUGGCACGUCAUCAGGACGUAGUCCGCUGGAUCCCAUGGCCAGCCCGGGGUCAGGUCUCAUUCUCCAGGCCAACUUUGUGCACAGCCAGAGGAGAGAGUCCUUCCUGUACCGCUCGGACAGCGACUAUGACCUCUCACCAAAGUCUAUGUCCAGAAACUCCUCCAUCGCCAGUGACAUACACGGGGAUGACAUGAUUGUUACCCCUUUUGCACAGGUUCUGGCGAGUUUAAGGACUGUCCGGAAUAAUUUUGCUGCUUUAACAAAUGUACAACAGGAAAGAGCCAAUAACAAAUCCCCAAUUGGCACCCCAGCCCUAUCUGACUCCUUGCCUCCUUCUCUUCCUCCAGAGGAGGCCUACCAGAAGCUGGCCACAGAGACCCUGGAGGAGCUGGACUGGUGCCUCGACCAGCUCGAGACCCUACAGACCAGGCAUUCGGUCAGCGAGAUGGCAUCCAACAAGUUCAAGAGGAUGUUGAACAGAGAAUUGACUCACCUCUCAGAGAUGAGCCGAUCUGGUAACCAGGUAUCUGAGUUCAUCUCCAGUACAUUCUUAGACAAGCAACAUGAGGUGGAAAUGCCAUCACCCCAGUCCCAAAAAGACAAGGAGAAGAAGAAAAGGCCGAUGUCCCAGAUUAGCGGCGUAAAAAAACUAACGCACAGUUCCAGCCUUACCAACUCUAACAUCCCCCGGUUUGGGGUUAAAACUGAAACAGAAGAUGAGCUGGCCAAGGAGCUUGAAGAUGUAAAUAAAUGGGGCCUUAAUGUCUUCAAAGUGGGAGAAUUUUCUGGGAACAGACCUUUAACGGUUAUGAUGCACUCAAUAUUCCAGGAGAGGGACUUGUUAAAGACGUUUAAAAUUCCCCUCGACACGUUUAUCACCUAUCUGAUGACUUUAGAGGACCAUUACCAUGCUGACGUUGCCUAUCACAACAACAUCCACGCUGCUGAUGUCACACAGUCCACUCACGUCCUGCUAUCAACCCCUGCCCUUGAGGCUGUGUUUACAGACCUUGAAAUUCUUGCUGCCAUAUUUGCCAGUGCGAUACAUGAUGUCGACCAUCCUGGCGUCUCCAACCAGUUCCUCAUUAACACUAACUCUGAGCUGGCCCUCAUGUACAAUGAUUCGUCUGUGUUGGAGAAUCAUCACCUGGCUGUAGGUUUUAAACUGCUGCAGGAAGAGAACUGUGACAUCUUCCAGAACCUGACCAAGAAACAGAGACAGUCACUCCGCAAGAUGGUCAUUGACAUUGUUCUGGCCACAGACAUGUCUAAGCACAUGAAUUUGUUGGCGGAUCUGAAAACCAUGGUGGAGACCAAAAAGGUGACCAGUUCAGGGGUAUUACUGCUGGACAACUACUCUGACAGGAUACAGGUCUUGCAGAACAUGGUGCACUGUGCAGACCUCAGUAACCCCACCAAGCCUCUGCAGUUGUACAAGCAGUGGACGGACCGCAUCAUGGAAGAGUUCUUCAGCCAGGGGGACAGAGAGCGUGAGCGCGGCAUGGAGAUCAGCCCCAUGUGUGACAAGCACAACGCUUCAGUCGAGAAGUCACAGGUGGGCUUCAUCGAUUACAUCGUGCACCCACUGUGGGAGACGUGGGCCGACCUCGUGCAUCCAGACGCCCAGGACAUCCUGGACACGCUGGAGGACAACAGGGAAUGGUACCAGAGCACCAUCCCCCAGAGCCCCUCUCCAGCACUGGACACCUGCAGCGAGGGCAGGCGCGCCGCCGGACAGGAGAAGUUCCAGUUUGAACUGACUCUGGAGGAGGACGGAGAAUCCGACACCGAGAAGGACAGCGGCAGCCCUCCUGAUGAAGAGGAGGAGGAGGAGGAGGAAGAGGAGGAAAACAGCUGCAGUGACUCUAAAACCCUUUGCACACAGGACUCCGAAUGUACAGAGAUCCCUCUGGACGAGCAGGUGGGGGACGGACAGGAGGACGAGGAGGACGAACAUGAGGAGGAACGGGAAUUAUCAGAACCCUGUGUUUUAGAGGAGGAGGAGGAGGAGGAGGAGGAGGAGGAGGAAGAAGAGAACACUGCCAACACAUAACACAGUAUGAAACGGCACCUGAACUUUUUUAUAUUAGAGAUGAGAAACACUUAUUUAUGGUUAAGAUAUUAGUUUUUUCAUUGUCUAUUUUGCAUAUCAGAAGUGCUUUUUAAUGUCCGCCUUUAACAUGUUUUUCUUUUUCAUUCCUCACUCUUUUUUUCACCAUUUUACACUCAGGAAUAUCUUUUCCACUCCCACCUGUCAUUCAUACA